AUGUUUGAAUUAUCAAGGAGAGGAAAACCGGUCGUAAUUGUGAAUGUUGCAUCUAAAUGUGGUCUCGCUGACUUAAAUUACCGAAAACUUAAAGAACUUCAAGAAGUGUUCAGAGAUAGAAAACUUGCUGUUGCUGCAUUUCCAUGUAAUCAAUUCAGUUCACAGGAACCAGAUCCUGCAAUUGAUGUCAAAAGGAAUGUGAAGGAGAAGUAUCAGUAUGAGCCCGAUAUUUACGAAAAAAUCGAAGUUAAUGGUGAAAAUGCUCAUCCAUUAUACAAAUUUUUGAAAAAAGUAGCUAGUGGUACAUUCAACGAUAAAAUUAAGUGGAAUUUCACGAAAUUUCUUAUCGAUCAGGAAGGACAUCCGGGAUUCUAUUUUAGUAUUUUUAGGAUUACUGAUUCAUCAAUUACGAAUCAUUUGUUUAAAAUGUGUUCAGAGAAGACAGUUUACGAUUUUACUGUGAAGGAUUCAGAUGGCAAAGAUGUUUCACUAGAGAAGUACAGAGGCAAACCCUUAAUAAUUGUGAAUGUGGCGUCACAAUGUGGAUUAACAAAUUCAAAUUAUACAGCUCUCAAGGAAUUGAUGGAACAUUAUAAGGAUAAAGGUCUGGCGAUAGCAGCCUUUCCUUGCAAUCAGUUUGGUGGGCAGGAACCGAAAUGUGAAUUAGAAAUUAAAAAUUUUGUGGCGCAGAAGUUUAAUUUUGAACCUGAUUUAUACGCUAAAGUUGAUGUAAAUGGUAAAGAUGCGUCACCACUUUUUGAUUUUUUGAAACAGGCCAAAGGCGGUUUAUUUGGUGAUAAAAUAAAAUGGAAUUUCACGAAAUUUCUCAUUGACCAAGAAGGACAUCCGGUGCAGCGUUAUGCACCAACGACUUCGCCUAAAAGUAUGAUGAAGGACAUCGAUAAUCUUUUGAAGAAGUAG